UAGAGAGGUGGAGUUGUCACGUGAUUAAAGAUUGUGAUUGCGGAGUUUCUGAAAUAAACAAAACAAAUGACAGCUGACCCGCGGACGAGGCUCCUGCCGCCUGUCACUCUAUUCGACUUGUGGACAUCUUAUUUUGAUAAGGUGGUGUGAAGAUGUUUGUUGUCAGAUGAUCAGCAGUGUUUCCUCCCGGAGACAUCUCGGUCAGCUGGAUGUCAAUGUGAUCUGAGUUGUGUACAAAGCUGAAAGAUGGAGGCUGUAAGACCAAAGAGGACCAAAGCAAAAACCAGCGGAAAAUCUCAGGUGAUCUUCUUUCUUAAGCAGAAGCAGGCCGAGGAACACAAAGGCGCCACAGCUCCCUCAGCUAUUUUUGUGAUGAGGCCUUCACUGACAAUCCCCCUCAGCCUGUCCUAUCAGGAGCCAGUGGAGGAGCAACGGGACUCAGUUCAGACCCCCAAGAUCACAGCACAGCCAUCAGAUCGACCCUCUGAGAAACAUCAGACGUCCUCAUCACAUACUUUAUCCACAUCAGUUUUAACUCAGACUUUUACAGUCACCGCUGACGCCACAGGAGACGGUACUCUGACAGAGUCAAAAGAUGAGGAAGAGAGGAGGAUUGGGGAGUUUGCAGAUCAGGGGCCGAGCCUUAAAGUAGAAGAACAGAACACUGAGUUAGGAAAUGACACACAAUCAUGGAAGCCUUGUGUUUCAACUCGGUUUCAGAUUCCACAUGCCCCGAGUGCCCCUGCACUGUACCCAUGUCUCCCAACCCUGGAGGAAGGCCCCAUGAUGUCGCUCUGUCAAGAAGCCGUGAAAGAGAGGGAGAAAGGACCUGCAGUGUUGGCGCUUCCUGAGCAGGAGUCCUCCCUUCCAAGUUUUCAGCUUGUUGAAUCUGUUGCAGAACUUUCUAGGAGCAAACUUUACCCAGAACUACCCAAGACGGCUCCAGAAAUGCAGCCGUUCUCACUGGAGCAGCUGAGUGUGUGGGAGCCUGCCGGAGGUUUGAGGGCCUUGUUAGAGGGUGUGGAAGUGUGUUGCAGCCCAUUUUGUGGGCCUUGCCCGGCAGGAGAGAACCACGAACUGACCGAACUACUGCAGAACUACUGGCGCUGUCGUAGACAGCUGACUCAGUCACACACACAGCUCCACACACAGUCCUCGGACUGCAAGAGCACUCAGAAUCGUCUCUGGAGCUUCAGAGAUGAACAGCUCACACUUCAGGUAUGGGUUUGUUGUGCAGAUCAGUCGAAGGUGUGUGGAUACCACCGGUUCCAGCAGGCAGAGUUCAGUCAGAGUGUGCUGGCUGAGCUGAGCAGACUGUUUGAAGCUCGCAGUGAGCUGCUCCAUCAGAAGGUGGCGCUUCAUGCCUACACUGCUUUGCUGUCUCGCCUCCAGGUGGAAUCAUACUUGUACCGUCUUCUAAAAGAUUGUUCCGGCAGCAAAACACAGCCUUGUUCUCUGCAACCCUUGAAAGAUGAAUCAGUGUCCUGUUUCAGCUUCACUCGUAGAGUCCUGGAUGACACACAGUUCCAGACAGACAUCCAUCAAUGGCUGGAGAGAUUGGUGGCGGUGCUGCUGCAUGUUGGAGGGUCAGGAGAGCACCUGUACCUGCUGUGCCAUCUUCUCUGCUCUCCUGCGGGGGUUGGCAAAUGGGCUGCCCCCUUCCUUCAGAUACAAGUUUGGGGAAACACCAGUGGAGUGCAGCACUUUAUGCAAGCUCUGGCCGUCCUUAUGUCACCUGCAAGACACCGUGCAGAGUUUCUGGGACAUCUGAAGCCAUGUGAGAGCCAGAGCUCAGCAGCCUCUGGACCCGCCUCUGGCAACUGGACGCUAGUGGAUGAAGGGGGGGGAGAGGACGAGGACCCAGACAGCAGCUGGGUGUUGCUUUGUGAGGAGGAUCUGAUCUCCCUGCUCACACAGUUCCCGUUCCAGCAGCUCUAUUCACACAUGCUGGGGAUGAGCAAGCAGGGUGUGUACGAACCCCAGGCCUAUUCCAGUCAGAAGAUGAUGCGUGUUUUUGCUUUUGCCUCCUCACUCAUCGAAAUUCUCACUCUUGGUCUACAAACCUACAACAGGGCACGAUACAGACAGCUGGUUAAACGCAUAGGACACAUCAUACGAAUCACAGUGUGUUACGUCAGUGAUCACUGGGCCCAGUAUGUGAGUGUAGCUGGUGCUGGUGGAUCCAGCUCUCAUGGACACACUCUGUCUUUAGACAAACUGCAGGUGGAAUACGACAAUCUCUUCCUCAGAGCUGUUUUACAUGUGCUCAGAAAUAAAAGGUUGGGCAUUUGGUUGUUUAUGUCCGAGAUGCCGUAUGGGACCCUGUCCAGCUCCAUGCUGUGGAGGGUCCUUUAUGUGAUGCAGUGCGCAGAGACAGCAGGACUGGAAACUCUCGGCACUGCUAAUGACACACGCUCCUGCAUCCAGGCUCUUAGAGAUCUAGAGCAUCAGGACAGGUUUGAGCACUGGCUGUGUGAAGUGAACAGCUCUGAUGGCAUCUCCCUCCUCACUGCAUUAGCACACAUGGCGACACCGACUCAGCACUCUGACCCUGCAUUCAUCACAACCAUAACUCUGCUGGUGUACCAGGUGUCUUAUGUGAGUGUGUCUACCAGAGAAACUUACUCUAAAGUGGGCAGGGAGUUGCUGGCUGCCAUUGCUACAGCCCAUCCCUUUGUCAUCUCUGUUCUCCUGGAGAGACUGAGAGAGACCAUCCAAUCUGUGGGAAUGGUGGCUCUGUACUUGUGCAAAGAGCUGCCUCUGAGUCUGUGGCGGCCUCGGCAAGAGGAGAUAUGUGUGAUCGGAGCCUGGCUGCUCCAGCACCCUCUGUCCACUGUGGAGAACCGGCUGGCCUGCGUCGUCCUGGAGGGUCUUCACUGGGAUUACACACAGGACGGCUCCUUGGCUUUGCCUUCAUCUCUCCACAGUGAAGUGGCUCUGCUGGUGGCUGAAGCCUAUCAGAAGUAUCUCACUGACAAACCGUACAGUGGCCUGAUAUCAGAGGGAAUCAAACAGGUGUCUUAUCUCGCCAGUGUCCUUCGUUUGGGCGUCUCUCCUGAGGCAUCCUUUAGUCAAUGGGCUUGGCAACUGUUGCUAAGGCUUAAGCUCCAUGGCAACACCCAGAACUUUAAAGGAGCCUGGUCCAUCGCGGCUUUGGCGUCCAACCCGCCUCCAGAGCUCACACACACUCCCAGCAUGCACUCUGUUCUCAGGGCUGUAAAAGCAGGCAUCCCUAUUGGGUGCUACCUGUCCAUUGCCAUGACAACAGUGGGGCAUAGUCUGGAACACUUUUGCACUGAUGGAGUCGGCUUGUUGAAAAGUCUGAUACAAUCUCGCCACCUGAGAGCCGCUGUGCAUCUUCUCGACAACAUCUUACCCCCCACCUACCCUCUCAGCUUCUACCUGCUGAAUAACUCUCAGUUUGUGAGUUGUAUCCAGUUGUUCUUGCAGUACGACAGUGUGUGUCCUCAAGGUGUGACACAGCAGGUCACACAUCGGGUCGCACCCCUCCUCACAGGAACAGCCUAUGGAGACAAUGUCCGACUGCUGAACAGUGUCAUUCAGAGUCAUGUGGUGGAGAGCUCAAAGCCCGGCCGUGUUGGUGCUGCAACGGUGCUGGAGUUUUGGUUGGGGAUUUUGACCCAGCAGAACCUUUGGUACCGGGACAAAACAGUCCUGUUCCUCCUGGAUCAGAUCUGCUGUGCAGCAUUCACACACCAUCAGGAGGAAUGUUUGCAGAAACUCCUGUACCAACAGCACAAGAAUGCCUUGGGUUACCAUGGAGAUCGUGGUCUGCUCUCCUCUCUGGUUGGCUGGAUUGCUGGAAAUGCCACGCCCUCAUUCGUAGAGGGCCAAUCCCUGAGUGCAGAGGUGUGGUUCGCCUGGCUGGUGCUGAACAUGGAGGGCCUGUUCGAGGAGGAUUCUCAGCUCAGACGCUGUGUUGAAAAUGAGCUUCUGUCUGAGCCCAACAUUUCCCCUGAUCAAGCCUUAAAGAAGGCGCAGCAGAGGCUGAAGCUGCCGGUCGCUCCGUCUCUGCAGCGGCUGCAGGUUUACCGCUGGGCGUGUCAGGCCUUGGCCACGCCUCCUGACCACCCCAUCCUCCCGCUGGUGUGGCAGAAGUUUCUGCAGCUCUACUUCAGACAGCCGGGACCGGAGUAUGGGCUGGCUGCAGGAGGAUGUAUCGGCCGGCGGUUUUUCCAGGCGUCUUCUCAGGCCGCUUUACUCAGAGAUCUGAGACAGAGAAUACAGGAAGUGUCUGACUUCCACCACGCAGCCAGCCAGGCCCUCAGGGUGCCCCCCCCACACACACCCUCACCAGACAGCCAGGGCGAAGAAAGCCCUGGCAGUCCUCGCCUCCCUUACCUCACUUCUCCUCAUCUUCACACAGAGCUGGUCAGGUUGUUUGGUGUGUUUGCCAUGUGGUUGGAUGAUGAAAAUCUACAGAAGCAGGAAGUAUAUCUUCCCUCUCUUCCUCCCGAGUAUGAACCACACAGACUGGCACAGGUCAUGCAGCGGCAUCAGGAACUAUGGCUGGAGUAUGUGGACCAGGAACGUAUGCAGUAUGACGAGAGAGAGGUUCUGUCUCUGUGGGAAAAGGUUCAGAGUGAGCCCAUCUUCCUGCAGGCCCAAAACCCCGGCUUCACCGACUACACCAGCCUCAAGAAUGCAAGAGAGCGAAUCUUGUCCAACCUGCAGAAGCAUCCAGUUCCCUGUCCUGCUCCAGAGCUGCAGAAGCUAAAGCCUCCAGUAGCUGAAGUCCCCACCACCUGCCUCACUGACUCUAAAGCUGCUGCUGAACUGCUGCAGCAGGACCUCCGCAUCCUGCAGGAUCAGGCCAGGAUUUCAGUUACACGUGAAGCUCAGCAGGUGGCGAUGGAGCAGGAGCUGCUGGAGAGCCUUCCUCUGCUGUAUAAGAACCAACCGGAGCAGGUCACCAUGGCGCUGGAGUGUAAAGGGAAGGGCGGGCAGCCGUGCCAGGGACCUGCAAACAUCACUGUCACAUGUGAGCGCGUCCAGAGACAGGAGGCAGUGCAGACUCAGAUAACGUCACUGCGCAGGGACGUCAAGAAGCUUCAAGCUGACGCCAUGGCGCCUCCACCUCAAAGCCUGGCCCAGGCUGCGGUCCACACAGAGAACUUUAUCACCGCUCUGGUGAAUAUAUAUAAGGCACAGAAGUUACCGGCAGUGCAGCAUGUCGGCGUGUCCGCCUUCUACCAGGUGGUCUCCUUUGUGUGUGAAGACACACUGCGACAUCCCCCAACACGCCAGUACCUCUCCUCAUGUGUGGAGAUACUGGGACAGGUGUUUAUCCAAGGCAAUGCAAAUGAAUGCGGUCCUGUCCUGAAACGGAUCCUGGAGCACAGGCGUCUCUGCCCGCUCAUUUCCCCGUUCUUCACUCCCAACUCAGCACCCACUCAGCUGGUGUUUCUCUACCAAGACGUGGUGACAUCCUUACACCCUGACAGUGCUGAUGUCAUUUUCAUGCUGCUCACAAAGUUUGAUUUGUCCCAGUGGCUGAAUGAAUCCCAUCCUGUGUUUUCGGAGAGGACCCGUUUGCUGGAGCUGGUCCACGGAGCUCUCUGCGUCUGCGGGCGAGACCCUGAACCAGAAUUUCUUACACCUUUCCACCUUUUCACCAAACACUGGACCUGGCUUCUACGCCACCAUUUCCCUGAUCAUUACAGUGACUGCCUGCGUCUUCUUAUGACCAGCUCCUCGGACCAGUUACUGAGUCCAGAGUGCUGGAAGGUGACCCUGCGAGUGCUCGGCUGUUUACCUCCGACCCGUAGUAGCAAGAUCAAAGCUGAACCAGUACAGAGCACCCCUGAUGUCUCCGGCCGUUCUGCUGGACCCACAGCUCCCUACAGAUCCCACAUCAGCCUCUCCCAUCAGCAGGUGGAUGAGACCGUUAAUUGGCUGAGUGAUUACUUCAUGCGGAGUCGUCUCAGUAAGGCCGACCUCCGCAGUUUCGGCCUCUACUCAGCAUGGACUCCCUACAUCACCGAGGUGGUUUCCUUCUGGGAGCAUCUGAUUGGUGGUCUGAUCAGCAUGCAGCUCAACAGCCUCGCCAGAGAGUCAGUGGGAAGCGUCAAAAUAAUGAAAGCUCUGCAGGACCUACACAGUAAGAUCGGGAAGUUAUUUAAGCCUUGGAUCUUCCCUCUGGACACGGAGGAUGGCGGUAACCUGAAGUGCUACCCCUGGCUGGAGACCGACGCUGUAGCGGCAGGAUGUCUGGUUGGCCUGUAUGCUCAGCUCACUGACACACUGCAUCACAAGUUCAGAGAGCGCCUGCUGCCCGGGCAGAGAGGGGCUCUGUGGCUGUGUAUGAUGCAGUAUUGUGAGAGCUGCACGGCCCCCCGCACACCGGAGUACCUGCUCUACCUGUAUCACACACACCUCCGCAGCCUGCCCUGGAGACACCUGCACCCCGACACCCAGCUGAUGGAGCAGCUAUUCAAAGUUGAGCGAGGAAGUCCCAAGAGCUGCUUCCUCUUUCUGGGAGAAGUGUUAUGUGAAGUAAACUGGGUCAGUGUCCUCAGUGACCACUUACAACCUCCCCCCACCUCAACGACAUAUCCAACUCUACCAGACAUGGGUGCUCAGAAGGAGACACAUGCCAUGCUAGUCUAUCUACUUUACAUGCUAGUUUUUCUGGCAAAGGAGGAACAAAUCCUGAGUCAACAGGACUCCCCUCUCCUGAGUCUAUUGGUCCAGUCCACCUCUCUUCCCUGGCACCAACUGGACCUGUCUUCAUACCAGGGCAUUCUGGGAUAUGUUGGCACCCACUACCCGCCCUCCUUGCUGCUCAGUGCUGAUUCGGCACCUCAACUGCUGCUGAAGUCACUGCGCAGCGCUGCUGGGCUCCACCCCUGCCCUAAUGAGGCUCCACACAGGGAGGAGACGCUGAAGGCGGGGCUGUACGUGUGCUGGUGCGUUCGGUCACUGGUGACUCUGGAGCAGGGGGGCAGCCUCAGCCUCAGCAACCUGGAGGCUCAGCUGGGGUCUCUCCUGGAGAGCGUCGUCACGUUCAACCCACCAGAGACGGGAUUGGAGCAGAGGCACAUGGCCUUCUGCAGUCUGUUCAGCGAUGCUCUGGCUCUGCUGAAUGGAGUUGGAGUCUCAACAGGAGAGGCGCUCGCUGCUCAUGUCAUUUCCUGGCUGGACAGGAAGGGGAGGGGCUUCCCUAUCCUGCCUCUUCUCACUGCUUGCUCCCGCUGUCUUGCUUCAGUGCGACACAUGACGCGGAUCAUGGAGGCGUGCAUUACAGCCUACUUCAACCACGCGGAGGAGGAAUCUGUGGGUUGGGGUCCUGUUUUGGCGUCGCUGCAGGUGCCUGAGCUCACAGUGGAUGACUUCCUCUCUGAGAGCCAAUCAGGAGGCAGCUUCCUGACGCUCUAUGCCUUCAUCCUGCAGCGCCUCAACUCUGAAUACACAGCCGCCAACGAGAGGAGGACUCUGGCUUUAGUUAGCACCUGGACCAAUCAGGUCUUCCCCAGUGGUCCAGGGGAUGAAGCCAAGCUGUUCCUUUGGUGGCACAAAGCUCUGAGUCUGUCCGCGGAGCAGCUGAAGCCUCAGGCAGGCCAGACUGAAGGGUCAGGGGUCGUCAUGGGUCUGUUGAGGCUGCAGACCAGGCUGCUUCAGCUGGGAGAAGAGAGACUGAACUCUGGGCUGUUAGGAGCUAUCGGUUUGGGGAAGAGGUCUCCUGUUUCAAAUAGGUUCAGGGUGGUGGUGCGCAGUCUGGCAGCGUUCCUGUCCAUCCAGGUGCCGUCAGAGACCGAGCUUCGAAUCCAACCCACCGGUGACCUGCAGCUCUCUGCGAAAGCACAGCAAAUGCUGGGGGUGUUGGAGGCCAUGCCCAGCAAUAAGCAGUAUGCAGAGUUAGAGGACUCUGUGAAUAAAGCUGUCCAGUUCAUCCGCUACCCAGGACACUGUCUCAGAGACGGACCCCGCCUGCUGGCCCUGCUCGCCAACCUCCUUUACCCGGACCUCAGAUAUCUGCACAUUAUCCGUUAACCUUGAUUUUACCUGACACUCAUCCUGGAGGGCCGAGAGGAAGUUUGUCUCCUGUGGAAAAUACAGUGACCUCUGAUCUGCACAGCAAUGACACUGAAUUGCUGUUGCUUUUAUAUCAGAAAAAGCCUUGAGACUCAUCAGCGAGAGCUUUUGUGAGACAGAUGCUGACUGCAUUUGAGAAAAAUACUUGGUGAUGAAGGUUGAAACCAGUCGGAAGCAUCAGAAAAUGUUAUGUGCUAAUCUCUUAUCCUUACUCGCACUUUGCUUUCUUCCCUCAUGUUUAUGCCUUGUUACUUUCUAAAUAACUUGCCUGUUGGCUUGCAACACAUCUGUUUUUAUUCUUGAUUUUAGAGAAAGUUGCACAUAUUUAUUGAAGCAGAAUUCAUUCAUCAGAAUUCCUCGCUGGGCUUUAGGAGUGAGUAAAAUAGUUGAAGGUCCACAGAUAUUUUAAAAGAGAUUAAAUGACAGAUCUAAUAGACUAACAUCUAGUAGUACCUUUUUAAAAAUGGGGGGACAUACCAGGAAAUCUAGGGGUUAAAUGCCUGCUACAUCUCAGCUGUUAAUGCUAGCAUCUAGCUAAAAGCUACAAUCUGAAAUCUCUCGAUCCUAGAUGCUGAACACAGGUGAUAAUGUUUAGUUACAGAGCAUUUGCCAGUAUUAUGUUUCCGUCCAGCCACAAGUGCUUUCCUUGUUUCUGCCAAAGAGAUGUUAUUUUCAUUUGCUCAGCUACUUAAAACGUCUUGACCGUGCACUCUGCUUGUUUCAUCUGUCUCAGUUGGAUACAAAAACUGCAGCCUGAAUGGGCACAUGCUAUAUAAGUACCACUUACAAUGUCCCGCACUACUUUGCUUCCUUAUAAAGUAGUGUGUGCUCUGUUACACAAAUUACUGAUGCUGUUGGUAUUACUGAGGGCAGGGGUGUCACGUUGUUGGAGGUACUAUGUAACUGGACUUAUAUACACAAAUGUUUGGGUCAUUUAAGGCAGAUAAUUCCGUUUUUUCCGACCUCCAUACUGUACAUCCAACAGUAUUCACAUUUUAAUUAUUCUUUUCAGCUCACCACUUCUGUUGCUCUGUGCCAUCUCAGUAAUAAUCGUGCUGCACUUGUGCGGCCUGAAGCCCGCUUUAUCGCCUGUGUUAUGUGGUGACUCUUAAUGUCAGAAGAAUUUAUUUGUUAUGAGUCAGUAAGCAGGAAUGGGUCUGUAGGGCUGCUGGAGGAGGGAGCUCUGUGCUGGGCUGCACAAAGGAGACAGGAAUAUGUUCAAUAAAGAGAACUGAAUGUC